AUGUGGGUGAGGUUCUUCUACUUCAGCCUGGAUGAUGCUGCAGCCAGACUGACAGCCCAGUCCAGGACACUACGGUCAGGUAGUGACGACAGACUGUUAUGGCUCAGGGAAAACUCACAGAGCUACAGCUGGCAGAGAGCAGAGGUCACGUUCUCAUCAUCAGCCAACAGCAAGAUUGUCUUCAGAUAUGAGCACGGGGACAGUCACAGAGGGCUGGUUGCUCUGGACGACGCAUCUUUCUCCAAAGAGUGUGUAUUUGACCCUGACAACAACAAGCUGCCUGACAUAUCACCCACUUCUACCUCACCUUCGUCCUCCAACGCACCCACUUCUCCAGCCACACCCUCAGCCUCAACUGCACCAAUCACCCCCUGUCAGGAUAAUGAGUUUUUCUGUUGGCGGUCAGCAGGAAAAGUGUGUGUUCUGGCUACCUUACAGUGUGAUUAUCAUGCAGACUGCCCACAGGGGGAGGAUGAGGAUGGCUGUGGUCCGUGCACGUUUGAGAGUGGCCAGUGCCAAUGGACUGACACUAGUGAAGGACCGAGCAGGUGGCAGAGACAGAAAGCCAGUAACAACACCGAGCCACCCACUGAUCACACUGGCAACGCAGGCUACUACAUGAGAGUGAAUUUCAGUCAGGGAUCCACACAGAGUGAGGCCCGGCUCCAGAGUCCCCAACUCCCCCCUUCAUCCCCCUACUGCCAGAUUCUGUUUCACUUCCACAUCAGUGCAGAGAGUGCUGGGUCACUCAGAGUGCUUAUGCAGCAAGCUGAGGGGAGUGAAGCAAUCCUGUGGUCACGCAGUCACAACACUGUCUCCCAUUGGACCUCAGAGUAUCUGCUUCUAGGCCCGCACCAGCAGCCUUAUAAGGUUUUGUUUAGUAGCUUGGACAAAGUGAGUCAGGGGGGAGAAACCACUGCAGAGCGUGUUUUUGCUGUUGAUGACAUCUCUUUUCUAAACUGUGAAAAGUCGUACCAGCCACCAGCUCUGUCUGCCUAUGACUGUCCUUUUGAAGAUGGUCUGUGUGUUUGGGUGCAGGGGGCAGAAGAUGAGUUAGACUGGCUCAGCAUGUCAGGUCCCACUGAAACCCCCAUCACCGGACCUGCAGGAGACCACACCACCGGCAAAGGGACAUACCUUUACAUCGAGAGUUCCCUACCAAGUGUGAAGGGGAACAAGGCCCAACUGAAGUCUCCACUGCUGCCACCUGCUGGAGAAAAAGGAUACUGUCUCACAUUUUGGUACCACAUGUUUGGUGCUACUGUGGGCUCUUUGAGGAUACUUCUACAAUCUGCUGAUCCCUUAAAGAAAACACUGGUUUGGCAAAAAUCAAGAAAUCAAGGGGAUGAGUGGCUGCUGGUGCAGAGCCACGUGACGUUGCAGAAAGUCCACCAAGUGGUUCUGGAGGCUACAGUUGGAGGAGAGGCUGGAGACAUAGCCAUCGAUGACAUCUCCCUUGUCAGUGGACCGUGCAAAGCCUCUGAUUUGUGUGACUUUGAGGAGGGGAGUUGUAACUGGCAGCAGCAGACCACUGAUGACUUUGACUGGGUCAGACAGUCGGGCUCCACUCACAACCCCAGCACAGGACCAGACAGCGAUCACACCACUAACACACCUGCGGGCCAUUACUACUACUUGCCCUCCUCUGUUUCUGACAUCGCCGGCCAGACAGCUGCAAUGUCUUCACCACUGUACCCUGCAGGAAAAGGAGCUUGUGUGCAGCUGUGGUACCACAUGUAUGGCAAAGGCAUGGGGACGCUGAAUGUUUACCAGCAGAGCGAGGACGGGAAGGAAACUCUGAUUUUCUCUCAGACAGGUGACCAGGGCUUGCUGUGGAGGUUUGGUCAGGCUUCACUUCUGCCUCGGGUUCAGCCUUACAGGAUUGUGGUGGAAGGUGUGAAGGCUGGCCCCACCCAGGAGGGAGACAUGGCUUUUGAUGAUGUGCAGCUGUCAGACGCUCAGUGUCCUCCUCCUGGAUUUUGUGACUUUGAGAGGAACAUGUGUAGCUGGAGCAACCUGGGUGGAAGAGUCGACCAGGGGGACUGGCUCCGCGGCACAGGAGCCUCUCCAAACCCCAACACCGGACCCAGUGUUGAUCACACCACCAACUCAACACAUGGUCACUAUCUGUAUGUGGACAGCUUGGUGGGUGAGUGGGGAGACAUGUCCUUCCUGAUCAGUGAUGUGUUCCAGCGGUCCACUAGAGGGCACUGUCUCACAUUCUGGUACCACAUGUAUGGCAGCCAUGUUGGGACUCUCAGAGUUUACAUAAAUGACAGAAAAAUGCAUGCUGGUGGCAACGAAGAGGGGAUUCUGAAGUGGAUUGAGUCAGGAAACAGGGGAGACAAGUGGCAGAUGGCUAGUUUAUCUGUUAAACAUAAAGAAGCAUUCUGGUUUGUGUUUUCGUAUCAGAAGGGGUUGACGCCAGGUGGGGAUGUUGCUCUUGAUGAUAUCACCAUCGCCCCUGGCAGCUGCUACUCAGAUCCACCCAUCGACCCUCCUGAUGAUACGUUGUCUGUCGGCCUCGCAGUUGGUCUGACUCUGCUGGCUGGAAUCAUCAUCUCCAUCUUCCUCUUCAUGCUGAACAGGAAACGUAGUAAAAUGAACCAGUCAACAGUUAUGAGUAAUGAAGUGACUGAGCCUACCUCUGUGUUUGACCUCUAUGACUGCAAAAUAGAUGACACUCAACUUGGAGCCGGCUUUUCCUAUAUCAACAAGCUGUAUGAUCCAUCAUCACAUGGAACUGACGCCACUGUGGUUUCAUCUGAUGCUUAGUCCAGAUUGAUAAUUGUAAUAAAACAGAAAAACCUAUUUGUAAAUUAUGCCUGCUCAGUGGACAACAUUUUAAUUCCUCUAAAACCUUUAUUUGAAUAUUUGAAAAUACUGCCAAGGAGAGUAAUACACCCCUUCAGUGAGGAUUAGCAUCUUGAUAAUGAAAACUAAUUUAUUAUAAAAUGGAAUAUCUUGCGAUGUGACUUGUCUUAUAUUAUUUUACUGUAGAGCCAAAGAACCAGUUUUUUUGUUGGAUUGAUUUUAUUGGUUGAUGAGCAGUUGAUAAAUUGUAAGUAAAAUAUUCUUUCAAAAGCUUGUAGUGAUGUUCUGAGAUUUUGCUCUGAGAAAGUUGUGGCAGAGCUGAAAUGAUAAGUUUCUGAUAUGUAGCAUACAAGUUUAUUAAUGCAUAAUGCAUAACAUUGAAAUUUCAGUAGGAGGGAUCUCUUAAGGGUCAGUAUGAACAGGAGGAAUGAUUACAGCAAAGAAGUCCUGUUUCAGUGAUUCACUAUUUGAAAGAUAGACUUGAAAAACUGAAUCUAUCUUUUAAAUCUAGUGCCACCUCAACCAACUACCACCCACUGAACCCAACCCACUGAAAUGUAGUGCAGUACAAGUAUAAAGUGGCAUGAAGAGAUAAUACUCAAGUACAGGUACCUAAAAUUUGUACACAAAUAAAAUAUGUGAGCAAAAGUACUGUUCUGUCAUGAGAUUGGACUAAACCAGAAAACAUACAAUGAGAAUUUUGAACGAAAAUGCUUAGACAGUGACUGCAAGUAAAAUUAAUGUAAGAUUUAUUUGUGUUGUUUGUGUGCACACUAGAUGAAUAGAAAAAUAAAUAAAA